CUUCUAUAAAAGCACAAGGAACCAUUGAUUAUGAUUCAAACUUCAACAAUUCUUCAUUGCAAGCUUGAGGAGCUCUUCAUUGCAGUAGUGAUCUCUCAUCGAUUUUAAGGGAAAGAUGAGUGCCAAUUCUUCGGUGGCUUCAAACCUAAGAAGGCUACAAGGUAAGGUGGCGCUGAUAACUGGAGGCGCUAGCGGCAUAGGUGAGUGCACAGCAAGGCUUUUUGUCCACCAGGGUGCAAAGGUCGUCAUUGCAGACAUCCAAGAUGAUCUUGGACAAUCUAUAUGUGAAGAACUUGGCCACCAAAGCAUCUCUUACGUUCACUGUGAUGUUACAAGCGAUUCAGAUGUCCGAAAUGCAGUCGAUUUGGCUGUCUCCACCUAUGGAUCGCUUGAUAUCAUGUUCAACAACGCCGGUAUAGCCGGUCCAGAUAAGAGUAUAGUUUCUUCAGAUGAUGAGAAAUUCAAGAAGGUUCUUGAUGUCAAUGUCUUUGGAGGAUACUUGGGUGCGAAAUAUGCUGCCAAGGUGAUGAUCCCAGCCAGGAAAGGAUGCAUUCUCUUUACUUCAAGCGUGUUCUCAGUGAUAGGUGGUACUGAUGCCGGGCAUGCCUACGUUACAUCAAAGCAUGCACUUGUAGGAUUGGCUAAGAAUUUGUGUGUGGAGUUGGGGCAGUAUGGGAUAAGAGUGAAUUGCAUUUCGCCCUUUGGAGUGGCAACCCCACUGCUAAGGAAACCGUUCGGCAUGAUGGAGAAGGAGAAAGUGGAGGAGCUGGUUUCCAAGGGGGCAAACUUGAAGGGGACAGUAUUGAAACCUGACGAUGUUGCUCAGGCAGCUCUGUAUUUAGCAAGUGAUGAGUCCAAAUACGUAAGUGGACUCAAUCUGGUGAUUGAUGGAGGCUACAGCACAACGAAUCCCUCAAUGUCCACGGUCAUCAAGAGCCUGUUUUCUUAAAACCAAUUUGGUCUGGAAUUUACGACAGUCAUGGUAAUGAAUAUAAUUCUUGUGCCCCGUUGUCGCUAGCUCCCUGCCUCAUACUCGCAUUAUUGUCAUAUUCUUGCUUCAUGCUUAGAUCAUUGCCACGUGUCUAAGAAAACAACUUAAAUUGGAUCAUUUGUUACAAAUUAUUGCAUCUUACCGUGCAUAUUUAUUAUUGGUU